CGGCGCAGUCGCAGAUAGUCCGGUUGCACUCGCGUCAGGCCUGUGUCGGUGUGUGGCGGUGCCACUGGAGCAUCCGGAGCCCACUGCGUUUCCCGGCGGUGCGCAGCAAUGCGGCGCUGAAGAAUAAACUUCCCCAGCGAUGUCAGAUCCCGGAGCUUUCGCGUAACUUUAACCGGAGAAGAUGUCAGAUGUCACCAAAACCGUCCAGAAAUGGCAUGCGAAUUUUAAAAAGGGCACUGACUUUGAUUCGUGGGGGCAGCUGGUGGAAGCCAUCGAUGAGUAUCAGAUACUCGCGAGGCAACUUCAGAAAGAAGUGCAGUCUUCAAACUCACAUGAUUUCACAGAGGAGCAGAAGAAAACUCUUGGAAAGUUUGCAACAUGCCUUGAAAUGCGAAGUGCGUCCUUACAUUGCACACAAUCUCAAGAGGAGUUCAAGUUAGAAGACUUGAAAAAACUGGAGCCCAUUAUUAAGAACAUUCUGACUUACAACAAAGGUUUCCCUUUUGAUGUCCAACCAGUGCCUUUGAGGAGGAUUCUCGCGCCGGGUGAAGAGGAGAACCUGGAGCUGGAGGAGGAGCUGGACGCCGGGACUGGUGCAGGUUCAACUCCAUCAUUCCCUUCAAGGGUUCCAGGUAAGCUUUUGCCACGGUUGCCCUCAGAGCCUGGAAUGACUUUGCUUACGCUGACGAUAGAGAAGAUCGGUCUGCAGGACGCAGGACAGUGCAUUGACCCGUACAUUACCGUCAGUGUGAAAGAUGUGAACGGUAUAGACUUGAACCCGGUUCAGGAAACGCCAGUGGCCACGCGGAAGGAGGACACGUAUAUUCAUUUCAGCGUGGACGUGGAAAUUCAGAAACAUGUAGAAAAACUACCAAAAGGCACAGCUAUUUUCUUCGAAUUCAAACACUAUAAACCCAAGAAAAGAUUCACAAGCACUAAGUGUUUUGCCUUCAUGGAAAUGGAUGAAAUCAAACCAGGUCCCAUUGUUAUAGAGCUGUACAAGAAACCGACGGACUUCAAGAGGAAAAAACUCAACCUCCUGACAAAGAAACCACUUUACCUGCACCUCAACCAGACUUUGCACAAAGACUAAACCAAGAUCUGUCGGACAGCUCUUGUAUUAUAUUUCUCAGAAACGUUUGGUGCAUUGCCUCUCACACAUUCCUUGCAAUAUCAGAUGCUUUUCUUCAUAUCUCCGGUCUGAAGUUUAGCACACAGCCUGAUUUCUCCAUGGUGCUUCAUUCGAGAAAAAAACUGAAUCGUGUACAAAUGGAGUUCUGAUGGAAACGGAUGGAUAUGAGUUGGAUAUAACACAGCUCUCCUUUGGUUAUUUUUAUUGCAUUAAAGAAACCGCUCGCCCUCA